AGUUAACGUUAACUUACCCCGAAUCUCGGCUCAAAGCAUUCGGCCGGGAGCUCCGACCUUUUUCCCCUCAACCGGGACUAACGCGGCAGCGGUUGCGUCUUUUUCCACCUGGGAUGAACUUAUGAUUUUCUAUUAUUACGUAGAGUCGGCGCUUGAGCAACAUAGCUAGUUAGCUCCCUUUUCCAGAAGCUUUUUUUUUUACCCUGCAACGGAUUGGACACCGCGUAUCAGGUUCACCCAGGGCAUACCAGACAGCAAUGGCAAGACUAUCUGGUCUGCAAAGAGAGGUGCUCUCCCUCUAUCGCCAAUGUUUUCGGGAGAUCCGCAAGAAGCCGACGGAUGCUCAGGAAAACUUCAGGAACUAUGCAAGAACUGAGUUCCGCAAGAACCUCAACGUAAGCAAGAAGGACUUUGCUGCCGUUGAGUAUCUGCUGCGCAAAGGUCACCGACAGCUGGAGAUGUACUCGUCCCCGGGCAUUCGCAACAUCGCGCAGUAGUUAGUUCCUUCGAGAAGGGCCCGUCUGAUGGUUGUUGUUCUUCGUCAUCUGAAGCGGACGAGAAAGGCUACCACGGGGAGUGGGUGAGCUUGCUCGAAAACAGUCGAAGACUCUUUUGGCAUUAACUAAGUUACUGCCAUGGUCAUUCUAGAGUAUCUGGCACAUGGACUGGAUAUCUAAAUGCUGCAACGCUGGCUGCUGGAUGCAUCACGUGACGCGGAAGGGACUAGAAGGUUCGCGCGGAUUCGUGCAUUAAGCGCGCGGAAGCGAGCCGAAGCGUCUAGGAUGAUCGACGUCUAGUGGAAGCAGCUGGUAUACCCCAGACGCAACAAUUGCUGACAAGAUUGAUCUCACUGUCAUGAUGCUGCUCGUUGAUUCCAGAAUGAGGGCCCUUGGUUAUAUAAACUGGGAGCAGACCAGUCUGUCUGCUCUCUUCUCUUCCUCAGAUCAGAC